CUGCCCACCCUGAUUCCUCCUUGUCGCUAUACUGGCAUUGUCGCGCCUGCGGCGGGGACAUGCUCGCCAGACUCUCGAGGACGUAUUCACAGCUAGCUGUUGACCUAUCCUGGAAUGGCCCGAGCCCGAGCCACGGGUAUGGCGACGAGGAAGCUGAAUGUUCGGGAGACAGCUUGCUGCCGCCUGAGGUUGACGCAUUAUCCCAGUUAUCCCUUUUCGUACCAGAAAACGCGUUGGAGACUAUGACAGGCGCAUGUAAGAGGGUGUUCAACCCUCUCCGGCAAUACGUUGGGUCCGCGCUACACGACGACGUGGAGAAGCUCGUCACGACGCUUUACAAGGCAGAUCCCGCGCUCUCAGCUGACUCCUGGGAGGACGAGGAUGAAAACGAGGACAUAUACGUGAUACCGUUUCCUCCAUCCGAGUCAGAGAGCGCUUCCUCGUCAACAUGCGUUCCCGUACGCGGAGCCGAGCCUGUAAAAGAAACGUGUGUUGAAGAUCCAAGUCAGCCUCGAUGCCGUGGCGUCAGGGACGUACCGGUGUCCCCGGCGCCACAGCGUAUGCCUCCCAUUCCUCGCAUAGUCAUUACACCUGCCCCUCCCAUACGUCGUCCAGAUAUGUCCUGUCGCGUACCCGUACAAGACACGUCCUUCGGCGCUCGUUUAACUGUGCCGACACAUUCCGCACUAAACGCUUCUCAUCCACCUAUGUUGGCUCCUUCCUUCCCCUUGGCGCCGAUGCACAUUACCGUACGUGGUUGGACGUAUAGACAGGGCCAUUGGUGUGCCGUUGCGCUUGGUUUGGACGAACAAGAACGUCGGGGUAUAUUUUCGCGUCCUGUAAGCGCACGACGGCGUGCUGCGAUGCGGAAACGAGCAGCAGCAGCUACCCGAGACGCCGCUACAACUGUUUCGUACCAUCAAAAUAUGUUUGCAAGAAAAAAACGCGAUCCAUGAUCUGCAGUAUCUGAUGAUGACUUAUUCUUGUUGAUUUUCCUUCUAUUUCUAUGCUGGACUGCUUUCCUUACCCCCUUUGUAAUGUUCUCACUCUGUUUGCUAUUUUUGUUUUCAUCGAGCAUCUCACGCCAUGAUAUCUUUUUGCAUCCCACCUACCUGUCUGCAUAUCACUUGCUUACCUGCUCACCUACUCACCUGCAUUUUUUGUCCCC